CGCACUGGUGGUAGCCGCGUCCGCCGCGUCCGAAGCUGACGUUUUCCUGUGGAGGCCGGGACAGAGGCCUUGCAGAUGGCCCCGCUACCGGGGGCGGAGCUGGUCCAGAGGCCGCUGCAGCUCUACCGAUACCUGCUGCGCUGUUGCCGGCAGCUGCCAACCAAGGGCAUCCAGGAGCAUUAUAAGCAUGCUGUCAGGCAGAGUUUCCGAGUUCAUUCGGAUGAAGACAGCCCUGAGAGGAUCCAGCAGAUUAUUAAAAGAGCCAUUGAAGAUGCUGACUGGAUCCUGAACAAGUAUAAGAAACAAAACUGAGACUCCAGGACGUAGUGAGUGCAGCUGCCUUGGAGACACUGAUAUUGAGAGCCCUCGCUUCGCCUGGCCCUAAGCAGCAGCAGCAGCAGUUUUGGAACAUCCACUAGCCUCGUUGGCUGGGAGCAGGAAGUCAGGGGUAGGAGAAGCAGACAUUUGCUCAGACGGAUCUUCUUGCCAUGUUUGUGUCUCCCUUAUGUUUGCUUUUCCAGCUGGUUAUGAUGUGAGAUUUGGGGAGAAUGUGUUUUCUCACUUUGCACUGAAAGCGAUUCAUUUACUCUGGGCAUCAUUCUUUGAGACCCAGAGCUGGCGUGCCCUCAUAUAGCUUCCUGUACAGAGGGCAGGGCAUGGGUUUAACAACCAGACAGAUCUGGAUUUGAAUCUCAGCUCAGCGGCUUUUCAAGGGUGUUGGCUUCAAGUCCAGUUUCCUCCUUCAUUAGGAUUAGAUAAGAUGAAAUCAAAGAGCCUGACGUAGGACAUGGUAUGCGGUGGGGCCAGUAAACAUCCCUCUGAGGAAGCCGUCCUCUGCUGCUCCCACGGUGCUCACACAUCUCUCUAGCUCUCUCCACAUCAGGUCUUAGUUCCUUGUGGGCUGGUCCCGUCCCUGCCUAUCACCCCAGGCUUCUGAUCCCCUGCAGUUGCACUGUGCCCAGCAGUCCGCCCAGCAGCUGCUCUUCCUGACACCAACCCAGAGAGGCAGAAACCCUGGUCCUUGCCAGAAUGGCGGAACAAAGAACGCCAGAGCAGCUGCAGUAGAUGCCGGCGCGUUCAGGCUGUGUGAACCUGUGAUCUGUUUUGAGCGGCCCUUGCCUACUUUACUCCAUCUUAGCAGGAAAGCGGGGAGGAGCAAGCCAGCAGUCAUGAGGUUAUUGUGAGCCUGUAAUCGGUGGAGAAUGCAGACCUGGGUCACAUCCCAACUCUACACAAGUUACUCUUGGGUCACUUACCUCCUCUCCUUCAGCUUCUGUUUCCCCGCCUGUCCAGCGGAGUAAUGACCAUACCUACCACAGGGGGCCACGGUGAGGAGUCAUGAGCCCUAAUGUACACCGAGUGCUUCACCCAGAACCCGGCCUGGGGAGCCAGGGAGAAGGGAGCUCAGAGGGGUUGAGCCCCUUUUCAAGGUCACAAAACUGCUAAGCCAGGUCUGUGAAUGUACCAAACACUAUAGAUUUAGGAGGGAAAGGAGAGCAGCCGGGAAAGAGGGAAGGAAG